CAAUAGGGCAAGAAAGUCUCGUUUGUGCGUCACUUCCGGUUUGGCUGCUGGAGAUAAACAUUACGAACAUGUGCUUUCGGUUCAAUAUUGCCGGUUUCACCUCGUGAAAAAUGCUUUGUUUUGUGGCGAGCUGUAACCACCAAAGCUUGCGGGAAACUUGCAGCUUCUUCAGGUUCCCAAAGAAAUCAAUAAAGAUAUGGGAAAAACUUUGCAGGAGACAAGAUAGGACAGUAACUGCAGCUGACAGAUCUCGAAUAUGCAGCUGUCAUUUCAAAGAUGGAAAAAAAGAAAAUGGACCAACUAUCUUCCCUUGGAAUCAAGGACAGUAUUUUGACUUUGGAGACUCUAAUGCUAUUUCAAGACAAUGCAAACAGAGCCCAUCUGUAAACCAGGGAGAAGAAAAUGCGGUUAUGGUGGAAGAGACAGAAGCUGCACAACCAAUUCAAUCAUUUAGUGAGGGUUUUGACCAUGACCAGCAUCUACUGCGACACGGGACCGAAAUGGAACAACAAAUUGACAAGCUGACAUCAGAAAUAGCUAUUCUUAAGACUAGGAAACAACCUUUCACCAUAAGCCAGAUCAUCAAUGAUGAAAAGAAGAUGCUGAUGUACACCUCCUUGAAAGUAGACAUGUUUAGAGUAGUGGACUCAACUAUUCAGAGAUUUCCAUUAACAUAA